AUGCCCAGCCACACUCCACUGCUGCAGGUCCUCCUCGGACCUGCGCUCUUGCACGCGGGCAUAGCGCCCGAGACACUUUCCUUCGUUUUUGGCAGCGAGGGAUCCCUCCUCUCGGAUCUGUGCGGGCGGCUCGUCUGCUGGUGCGCCUUUUAUGCGCUGAUCCACAUCUUCUACCACAUCUUUGCUCCGGGCGUUCGGGCCUUCUGCGAGAGGUGGUACCCCGACGCACCGACGAGUGCCGUGCCGCAGAAGCUGGUGUCGCACGCGGCCUUCCCGCUGUACGUGACGGUGCCGCUGCUGACCGACUUCUUCCAGGUGAAGGGCUGGUCGCAGGCGUGCGGUGGCAUCGACGACUGCGGCGGGCCGGCGCGUGCGCUGCUCGGCUGCGCCGCCUACUUUCUGCUGCUCGAGUUCAUCAUCUUCGUGGACCACUACUACCUGCUGCACAAGUGGAGCGUGGGGAAGCGGCUCGGCCAGCACGCCUUCCACCACGUGUACAA